AUGAAGGACGAGGAAAUGACCACGCAGGAGCAACAGCUCUGCGAGUUCCUGAAAACCCAACCCCGCGUUCACAACAACCGCUACAACGAGACGGCCGAGAAUGCACUCCUCCAAGCCCUGUUCUGGUCUAUGGCCUGUGGACGCCCCGAAUACCUAAACCUCUUCUUCCCCGACAAUACACGCCCCCUUCCCAACGCCACCUGGAAGCUGCGGCGCGCCCAGGGCAACUCGGACGGCGACGAGUUCACAGAAGCUGCGAGAGGCAAGGCAUGCGGACAUAUCUUCAAGGCUGGCGAAGCCACCUACCGCUGCAAGAGCUGUAGCCAGGAUGACACAUGCGUGUUGUGCAGCCGCUGCUACGACAGCUCCGAUCACGAAGACCACAUGGUAUAUGUGAGUGUGAGCCUGGGCAAUAGCGGAUGCUGCGACUGUGGAGAUCCAGAGGCCUGGCGACAGCCGGUACAUUGCUCGAUACACACGGCAUAUCCGGCGGAUGCGCCGAGCAAGGGUAAGGAGAAGGCGCCCGUGUUGCCAGCGGAUUUGGUCGAGGCCAUCCGCAUGACUAUUGGGCGGGUUUUUGACUACAUCUGUGACGUUAUAUCAUGCUCCCCCGAACAGCUGCGUUUGCCGAAGUCAGAGCAGACGGUGCUGCUGGAUGAGAAAAUGUCCCGCCUUACGUCGAGGUACUACAGUGGAGAUCUCGUGGAGGAGCCUUGCGAGUUUGCCCUGUUGCUAUGGAAUGACGAGAAGCACACGGUUAAUGAGGUUCGAGACCAGGUUUCGAGAGCUUGCAGGGUUACUGGUGCAGAAGGUAUGAAGCGGGCGAAUGAGACGGACGAUGUCGGUCGAAGUAUUGUGAAGUACAGCUUCAAUGUGGACGAGCUGCUUUCUGUGUCCAAGGUUAUCGAACAGAUCAAGGUCACGGUCACGAUUCGCUCAGCCAGAGAUACCUUCCGAGAACAGAUGUGCGGCACCAUCAUCGAGUGGCUCAGUGAUAUUGCUGGAUGCAGUGUCGGCUCAGAUCACAACAUCUUGCGCCAAGUCAUUUGUGAGGAGAUGCUGAAGAAGUGGAGUACGGGAAGCGAGGCCAGCAAUAAGGAUGUUGGCAUGCAGGGCAUUGACGAUCAUCAGAAAGAAGAGGAAAGUCAUGCGCUUAGAAUGUAUCCCGGCGGAGCUGCGUGGAGAGCUGUAGCACUCGCUGCACAAGAUGCUGAUUCUGAUUCAACGGAGGACGAGGACGAGGAUGAUCAGGAAGAACCCGAUAUCGAAAUCCAAGACGAGGACGACGAGGACGAUGAAGGUGACGAUGAAGAUGCAUCUGAUUCGGAUCGUUUUAUGGGAAUUUUUGCUGAAGACAACCAGUUGGUGGAAGCAGAAGCUCAGAGAGCCACGGGAACGCUUGUGUUUGGUGGACCAAGACGUGACGCUGAUGGCGAUGUGGAUAUGAAUGCGAGCGAGGGUGCAUUGGACGGAGAGAAUUCCCCAAUGGAGGAAUCCGAAGCUACGAUGGCAGGCUACCCACCACCUCCGCCACCUCCUCCAGCUCCGCGGAGACUUAUGCGAGACAGAGAUGUCACGCCUUCGGACUCUGAUACCGCUGAGAUGCAGCCGCUCAUCUCCCACAGCUUGUAUGCAAAGUCUAACCUGUUGAUUCCCAAGACUCCAGGCGCUCAUCGGACUCUAAACCUACCACAACCUCCCCGGUACUGGCUAGAGACUCCUCCGGCCUUCAGUGAUAGAGAAUCCGUCCCAUUGCACGAGGAUCUAUGGCACCGUCUCCGUCUCGACUGGAUGAUCUUGUUCGACCUGAGAAUGUGGAAGAAGGUGCGAACUGAUCUCCGCGACCUCUAUAUUUCAACUGUCGUGUCAAUUCCCGAGUUCAAGCGUGUGCUUGGACUACGAUUCGCCGGUCUCUACACUACGCUGGCACAGCUUUACCUCAUUGCCGACCGAGAGCCGGAUCACUCAAUCAUCAAUAUCUCACUACAAAUGUUGACGACGCCCACCAUUACCGCAGAGAUUGUCGAGAGAGGCAACUUCUUUACUAACCUGAUGGCAAUUCUCUACACUUUCCUCACUACUCGACAAGUUGGUCACCCACACGAGAUCAACCCUAAUGCCACUCUUUCGUUUGACUCUGGCUCGGUCACAAACCGCAGAAUGUACCAUUUCUUCCAAGACUUGCGAUACCUUUUUGAAUCCAAGCACGUACAAGAAAAGCUGCGUACAGAUGACAGAUACAUGAUGCAGUUCUUAGAUUUGGUCAAGUUGCAUCAAGGAAUAUGUCCCAACCUUCGAGCCGUUGGCGAGCAUGUCGAGUACGAGACUGAUGCAUGGAUCAGCGCGUCGUUGAUCACUCGAGAGAUCAAUCGGUUAUGUCGGCACUUCUCGGAGUUUUUCAAGUGGAACGUUGGCGAGGACAAAACCUACAUCUCAAAGGCUAUUCGGCUGGCCGCCAAGACCGUGAUUCUUAACUCUUUGGGAACCGAGCGAAAGCGAUUUCUCCAGGCAGAGAUCAAGGACGAGAUCAAAUUCAAGAAGGUCGGAGACUACGAAUUUGAUACGACGGAAAUUUCCAACAGCGUUGUUCAGCACUCGGUCGUCAAGUUUGUCGUAGAGUCUCAGCCCAUCAGUUUCCACCAUGCUCUGCACUACACUUUGUCGUGGCUUAUUGAGAGCGGCAAGAAUAUGUCGCGAGAAGAAUUAACCCAGCUGUUGACCUUCACUACUGCCGACCUGGUUCAGAAGCCCAAGGCCAUGGGUCAACGAUUAAUGCCGUCUCAGUCGUACACACCUGAAGAUCACCUCAUGGCCGCAUUCGACUACCCGCUGCGCGUCUGUGCGUGGUUGGCACAGAUGAAGGCUGGCUUGUGGGUAAGAAACGGCAUGAGUCUUCGUCAUCAAAUGGGCACGUAUCGUGGAGUCGGCCAGCGCGACGUCUCACAUCAUCGCGAUAUUUUUCUUCUCCAGACAGCGAUGGUAGUUUGCCCCCCUUCCCGAGUUCUGGUCUCCAUCAUAGACAGAUAUGGGUUGGAGCACUGGAUGAAGGGCAUCUACGAGCAGAGAGGUGAUGGGCUCGAAGAUGGCCAUGUUCUGGAUAUCGUGGAGGAUUUGAUCCAUCUCUUGAUUGUAUUGAUCAGUGAUAGAACUUCACUGACAUCAUCCGAUACCCAUGUGCUUGCAAUGCGCCGAGAUAUUACACACGUUCUGUGCUUCAAGCCAUUAUCAUUUUCCGAGAUCUGCAGCAAGCUUCCAGACAAGUUCCAGGACCAAGAGGAAUGCCAAACUAUCCUCGACGAGAUGACGAUCUUCAAGGCCCCCGAGGGAUUAUCUGAUGUCGGCACGUUCGAGCUUAAGCCGGAAUAUUUAGAGGAUAUUGACCCUUACAUUGCGCAUUACAACAAGAACCAGAGAGAAGAAUCCGAGAUGGCUUACAAGAACUCAAUGUCCAAGAAGACGGGCAUCCCAGCAUCAGAGAUUGUGUUUGAGCCCAAGCUGCGGCCUGUCGAGUCCCGCGCCUUCGCUGAUCUGUCGGCCUUCUCUAGAACUGGCAUAUUCGCACAGAUCAUUUACUAUGCGCUGCUGUAUCCUUUAAGAUCGCAAGACUUCACACCAUCAGUCCCUGUCACCAGAGUUGAAGCUUUCCUGCAGGUGGUGUUGCAUCUCGUGUUGAUUGCUAUCGCUGAAGAUCAAACUGACGAGGAGGAGAUGUCUGAGGAGUCACUCGAAUCGUUUAUCUACAUUGCUCUGAAUACUCCGGCCCGCAGCAACUUCCUCCCCCAUGCCCCGGCGUCAAAGACCAUCGCGGCCAUUCUCGAGAUCCUAUCCCGAAAGGAGGAGUUCAAAUCCUGCCAUUCAAAGAUCACUCUGGUAUUGAAGCGCAUGAAGCAGAAGCGACCCCGGCAUUUCGAGGCUUCCUUUGCCCGACUGGGUGUUUCGAUCGAUCGCAUCUCUACAGCAUCUCCUGCAGUUAGCAAUGUGCUCGAAGAACGCGAGAAGAAGAAGCAAGCUGCUUUGGCCCGUCAAGCUAAAGUGAUGGCCCAAUUCCAGCAACAACAGAAGAACUUCCUCGACAACCAAGGAGACAUUGACUGGGAUGAAGACGAAGCUAGUAAUGACAGCCUAGAAGAAGAGGAAGAGACUGGUAGUGAUCACAAGACGUACUGGCAAUACCCAUCCGGCAAAUGCAUCCUUUGCCAGGAGGAAUGUAAGGAACCCCGCCUAUAUGGAACUUUCGCCUUGUUUAUGAAUAGUACGAUUCUACGCCAGACGGAAUUUGAGGACCCCGACUUUAUGCGCGAAGUCACUAAAGUCCCAGAAAAUCUGGACCGGUCCGCUGAGAGUAUUCGGCCUUUCGGUGUGGCCGGUGAGAAUCGAACUGAAGUUCGUAAGGUAACAGCCAGCGGGGUUGAGAUCACUGCCGAACGACAGUUCAUUGGCAAGGGCUUCCCCUCGAGUUCGGUGAGACCAGGACCGGUUUCUUCGGGCUGUGGACACAUCAUGCACUACCAAUGCUUCGAAAACUUCUACGAUGCUUCAGCUCGGAGACACACACACCAAAUCGCUAGACACCAUCCCGAGAACCUUACUUUGAACGAAUUCGUUUGUCCGUUAUGUAAGGCGCUGGGCAACGCCUUCUUGCCUAUCAUCUGGUCUCCUAAGGAAAACAUUUCUUUGGCUUCUUUCAAGCCAAAGAAAGACUUCGAAGAGUGGAUCCUCAAUCUUCCUGAGAGGAAUACUACAGCAAGAGUCUCCGGCAUUGACCUACCCCCUCAUAACGCCUACAGUCGUGCUUCCACCGUGUUCAUGAACAACAACGUUGCCCAUCUCCCCAGCACACUGUCCUCCAAAGCCAUGCAAGUAUUUAAUCCCCCAACUUACGUUCCGAUGCCGGGUAGCUACCGUGGAAUCGGCUUCCCGAACAGAGGUACCGCGACCCCCGUUCCAAUUGCGCGAGAGAUGCAGGAAUUAACCAAGAUUUACGAUCGGCUGAGAGAAACCAUGCUCAAAAACGGGCUGCCCUCCGUACACAAAGCAAGCUGCCCUCCUGACGAUGGCGCGAGUUUGGCCGCUCUGGGCUUCACAGAUACUUUGGCGGAGAGUCUCGGCUAUUCCAUCUCUUCUGUCGAAAUUCAACAGCGUGGUGUCGCGACCGACGUUGGUAUGACCUUCAUCGAAACCAUUCCGCAGCAGGCUCUCACUCACCUCCGGAUACUCUCGGAUACAGCGGCUACGUAUGUCUCUAUUGGGGGGCUGAAACUUCAAGGAGAAAAUGCGGUCCACCGCGAGUUCUGCGCUGACUAUGAACGCCAAUUUUUACAAUUGUUCUUGCGGCACGCAACUCCGACAACAGAGGACCUGAGCGCCAGUCUAUCGGAUCUGAGCCGCGCGGGUCAAACUCUACUCGACCAGGACAUCUUCGUCUUCCUCACCCAGUGCUCAUUUUGCCUGGCGCUUGUGGACAGCAUCGAUAUUAUCAAUCUUGUCCAGCUUUGCUAUCUGGCCGAACUCGCCAAGGUUGCCCUAAAGCUGACUCGCCAUUCGGGGUGGUUCAAAUUCCAAGGGCUAAUAGCCACGCAGCCUAAUUCACCCGGAGACCAAUACCAUGACUUCAAGAACUUCUGCAGUGCUCUUCAAGACUGGAAAUUCGAAGACGACAGAUCCCACACCACUGCUCUCGACCAGGAAUGCUUCAACGAUAUUCAAUCACUCUACGAAUUUAUGAAACGCUACGCCCUCGUUUUCCUCCGCAAAUCAGCCAUUCUCUUGCAUGUCCGCCAUGGCGCCGCUUUUCAGGACUUUGUCUCCACGAACCCUAACGCCGACGAGCUCACUCGGCUCUCCGAGGCCAUGCAUCUGCCCUCCUAUGACAAAAUGCUUUCGCUCGUCUAUUCUUCCCGAAACCUCAACGAGCUCGUCUACGGAUGGACUCACCACACCGGCAGGCUGGAUUACCCCUCCACAAUCACCGUUUCUCACCCGGGUAUCUUUGAGCUCAUCGGUCUACCGAAGAAUUAUGAUACGCUGAUGGAAGAGACGAUGAAGCGACGUUGUCCGACAACCGGCAAGGAUGUCAGUGAUCCGAUGCUGUGUCUUUUCUGCGGUGUAAUUACUUGUGGUCAGAGUAUCUGCUGCUUGAAGCCGGGCCGGCCGAUACCCAUUGGUACGCGCGGCAAUAUGCGGUCCGUUGAUAUUGGGGGUGCGCAGCAGCAUAUGUAUAAAUGCCAGAAGAAUAUCGGCCUCUUCAUCAACAUCCGCAAGUGCACCGUCUACUACCUCCAUCGCCUCUCCGGCUCCUGGAUGGUGGCUCCAUACAUCGACAAGUACGGUGAGGUCGACCCUGGAUUACGACAUAACAGACAGCUGUUCCUGAAUCAGAAGCGGUACGAUGUCUUGCUUCGGACGAGCUGGUUGAGCCACGGCGUGCCGAGCGUAAUUAGUCGGAAAUUGGAGAUGGAUAUCAACAAUGGGGGAUGGGAGACCAUCUGA